AGGUAUGAGUGAAAGGAAAGGGUAACUAAUUUGAAUUCCAAUAACAUUAUAAGUUUGGAGCGGGGAGUUUUAGUUAUGACUUAUGAGGUGGUGAAUGAUGGAAGGUAAAGUUUGAAGUUUGAAGAGGAAGCAUGCAAGUAAAGGAAUUGGACUACGAAGUGCUGCCACUGGGUUUGUUGGUGUUGGGAAUAUAUCACGUUUGGCUUCUCUACACUAUAAUCCGCUACCCAUCUCGCACUGUCAUUGGCUUGAAUGCUCAUUCUCGUUAUCAAUGGGUUCUUUCCAUCAUGGCUGAUCCCUUGAAAAAUGGGGUUUUGGGUGUUCAAACAAUCCGCAACAAUAUCAUGGCAUCCACUCUUCUUGCUACAACAGCAAUCACACUUAGUUCACUCAUUGGCAUUUUUGCAAGCAAUGACUCAGAUAGAAAAUUAGUUUAUGGCAACAAAACUUCCCUUAAUUCUUCAAUCAAACGCCUCUCCAUGUCACUAUGCUUCCUUGUUGCAUUUCUAUGUAACGCGCAGUCUAUUAGAUACUAUGCACAUGUGAGCUUCUUGAUCACCACACCUGCAUUGAAAGGCAAAAUGAAUUUCAUUAGAUAUGUUGCAAAAACCUUAAACCGGGGUAGUUAUUCUUGGUCUCUAGGCUUGCGGGCCUUCUACUUGUCAUUUCCUCUUGUCCUUUGGAUUUAUGGGCCCAUACCCAUGUUUGCUUGUUGCUGCUUCACAUAAUUUAUUUUGUACUUCUUGGACACAACCACUCAAAUCACACGGGAUCUUCACACUAAGUCAUUCAAUAAGAGGGAAACUGAGGACAUGGAAGCAGCAUAACUAAUACUACUAUCUUUUAACUUGUAAAGAAGUUCAAUUGUAGAUUUCCUAUAAUCAUCUCAUCUCCAUAAUGAUAUUGUUAUUGGUGCAUUAUUCUAUAAUAUUUAUUGGAAAGUAUGUAUAGUAUCUUGAAGUA